AGGAUCUUCACGCCAUGUAAUGUAACAGCCAGCGAGCACGCGGUUUGGUUGUAUAUAUAAAAAAACAAGGACUCGGUGAAAAUGUCCAGACCCGGAGAGAGAAGCAGGGGAGAUGAAGAUCACGGCAGAAGGCAGAGUUCAAGUCUGGCGAACGGCGGCGGUAGCGGUGGUGGUGGCGGUACGGAUAGCAGCGGCUCGGUGGAGAAGCGGAGAGAGCACCACUGGAGAAGUUACAAGUUGAUCAUUGACCCGGCGCUCAGAAAGGGUUCUCACAAACUCUACCGAUACGAUGGACAGCAUUUCAACAUUCCGAACCCUGGAAUCCCCCCUGUGGACAUGGUCCGGGACCCUCGGAUCGGUCGUCUGUGGACCAAGUACAGAGAGACCGACCUUCCCGUGCCCAAGUUCAAGAUCGACGACUGCUACAUCGGACGCGUGCCUCCGAAGGAAGUAACCUUCGCGAGGCUGAACGACAACAUCCGGGAGGGUUUCCUCACCGACAUGUGCCAGAAAUACGGCGAGAUCGAGGAGGUGGAAAUUCUGUACAAUCCGAAAAACAAGAAGCACCUGGGCAUCGCGAAAGUGGUGUUCGGCUCCGUGAAAGCGGCCAAGGACGCGGUGCAGAACCUGCACAACACCUCUGUGAUGGGGAACAUCAUCCACGCAGAGCUCGACCCUAAAGGUGAGAAUCGUCUGCGUUACGUCCAGCGGCUGAUAAACGGGACCUUCACACCCCUGACGGUGCCGGUGGGAGACGAGGAGCCGUGUGAGGUUUCACCACGUUGCCUGGCCGAGGCGCUGUUGUCAACCUGUGAGCCGUUACGUCGCCUCUCUGAAAGUGGCUCCACCAGCAUGAGCACCCCACAGUCCGUAGACACGGCAUAUUCAAGUCUUAGGCAGGAUUCUACACCCCAAUCCCAGACCACGCCCAUCACGCCACGCCCUUCCGGCACACCCUUCUCUCAGGACUCCGCCUACUCUGGCAGGCAGGCUACGCCCACCUUCCAGCGCUCCCGCCGGCACGAGACCAAAUUCCAGGAUGCAUACAACCGUCGUCCGGAGAGGCGUUACGUCCACGGGGGUUACCGUAACAAUGCGGAGAAGCCGAAUCCGCCACCCGAAGCUCCACCCCCACCGGUCACACCCAAUUUUAAGCCUGCGUUCUCGCCAUACCAGCCCCCCAUGCCCCCUGUUUACCCCCCUGCCGAGCCACAAUUCCACCAAUCGGAUUACAGACAGCCUCCUCCUCAAGCUCCACUCCCUACUACGCCAGAAUUUCACCCGGAGCCGCCCCCUAUGCCCGAAGAAACACGUCCGGCCACGCCGACUUCGUGUCCCUCGCCUUCCUCGGGCACACCCACUCUAGAGGCAGAGCGCCAUAGUCUGGACUCGCGCAUCGAGAUGCUGCUAAAGGAAAAACGCACAAAGUUGCCAUUCCUGAGCGAAGGUGGAGACUCAGAUGGAGAGGUGCGCAUGGAGGGCAGUCCCAUCUCGUCCUCGUCCUCUCAGCUGUCCCCCAUCCCUCCUUCUUCUUCUGCCACCCUUCGCACAUCCCGCCCACCAAGCACCGGGCUCGAGGAUAUCAGCCCAACCCCGCUGCCCGACUCCGACGAUGACGAGCCCGUCCCAGGAACUGCCUCCGCUACGCACCACCCACAGAGCGCCUCGCCUUCAAACACGCACAAUACCGGGGGACCACAUACCCCAGUGGACAAUGUGGAUACGGGUAACCAGUCGUCGGGGGAGGAUAUGGAAAUCUCAGAUGAUGAGAUGCCAGGAACACCCCUCUCCAGCGACUGCUCUAAGGCCAUCGUAGUGAACUCGGCUGUGUCUCCGAUAACUCCUCAGUCCAUGUCGCUUCCUCCGCCUGGCUUCCCCCCUCUACCCCCUCACCAGUCUGCGUACACAAUUCACCCUGCUCACUUGCCCCCACAUCUUUCCGCCCCACACCCCAUGAUGCCCCCAAUGCACCCAUACCCACCAGCCAUUAUGGGCAUGGUGCCCAUGGAGCUAAUUAGCUGUUUUCCGCAGUGGGGAAACGUGCACAUGUCAUUCCAGAUGCAGACGCAGAUGCUGAGUCGCAUGGCGCAGUGCCAGGGCGGUUACGCUUACCCCCAGUUCCCAGGGGGUACGGCGUCAGCAAACGCAAGUGCCAUGCAGUUCGGUCGUCCAUACCCACCCUUGUCCAUGGCGAGCGCCCCCAGUGGUGGACACGGGCAGCCCUGGCCUUUACCCAGCGUGCCCAAGUUUAACCCGUCGGUGCCACCACCUGGUUAUGAGCCGAAGAAAGAAGACCCACACAAGGCGACGGUGGACGGAGUGCUUACGGUCAUUGUCAAAGAGCUGAAGGCCAUCAUGAAGAGAGACCUCAACCGCAAGAUGGUGGAAGUGGUGGCCUUCAGGGCCUUUGAUGAAUGGUGGGAGAGAAAGGAGCGUUCUGCCAAGGCGACGUCCACCCCGGUGAAGACAGGUGAGGGUAAGGAAGACGACAAGGAGAGAGUGAAGCGGAUAGAGAAGCCACCCACUCUGGUGGAGGCGUGGUGUAAAGGCGAGGGUCUCGGUUUCGAGGGAUUGGGGCUGGGGAUCGGCCUGCGAGGUGGCAUUCGCCUUCCGUCCUUCAAGGUGAAGAGGAAAGAGCCUCCAGACCCCGUCUCUACCGGAGAUAGUAAAAGAGCUCGGCCGUCUAUGCCUGUAGAUGAUGAGCUGGAGGAUGAAGAGUCGGAAAGAGCCGACGCCCCCUCAGACGGCACCCGGGUGGACGACGCAUCCUCCACCAAGCGAAGGCACGCCCGCCCUGUGGAGCUCGACAGUGAAGGAGAGGAGGAAGAGGAUGAGGAAGAGGAGGAGACGGGCAGGGACGAGUCGUCUGUGUCUGAGCGAGAGGAUGAGGCUGAGGUAGACGUCUCUGAGAGACUAUCCUCAAGCAAGGAGGUCAAAAAGGAUCCUGAUGAUGAAGCUGAAGCAGUGAAUGAGUCUGAGAGCGAGAGCAGUUCUUCUGACUCGUCUGAUGAAGGAUCCGAGAGCUCAUCGGGUUCUCAGUCCGACUCCUCUGACAGUGACGGCUCCUCAGACUACGAGUCUAGCUCAGAUGAGUCCGGGGACGAGGAAGAGGAGGAGAGAAAAGCGAGUGAUGUAGCCAUGGACACUGAGGAUGAAGAAAAGGAGGUUGUGUCCUCGUCAUCGUCGUCUUCCUCGUCCUCGCCUCUGUUGUCCUCUGAGGAGGAGGAGGAGGCGGAGACGAAGGCUCCCAGCACGCCCGCAGCUCCGGUGGAAGAGGAGAGCGAGGCGGCACGACUCGAGGUGGAGGAGGCGGCGAGCGCCGUCACUGUCGCUCAGGACAACCUGUGGAAGGUUUCUCCUAAAAGAAUUAAAGAAGAGCCGGAUAUUGAUCUGGAGGUAAGAAAGACAGAACCUCAAAUUGAGUGCACGGGGACCUUAAGGCCUCCAACUCCACCGCAUGCGGAGGAUGAAGAGGUGCCUCGAACUCCAGGUCGUGAGGUCCCUGGCCCUUCAGAGGCUGAGACGCCCACUGUUCACCGGUCCCUGCCCCCUGAUCAUUCUGUCCUCCCGCACCCACGGCUCUCGAGCGACGAGGAUGUUCCCCGCACACCGGGCCGAGACCUUCCCUGCCGUCUUAGCAAAUCACAGAGCAGUGAAACAGCACCUGUGACCCCUACCAUACCUGCUACACCCAACACACCCAGUGAAGCCCCGCCCACAGGAAGCAGCGUGUCACUCAAUAGCCCGUUCCCUUACCCGCUGCUCAGUGCGGGCAUCCCUCACACGCCUGGCCGGGACCUGACCUUCACUCCGGUUUUCCCAGACUCCCCUGCCAUCCUUUCUCUUCAAAGGACAUCCUCGUCUGAAAAGCAGCUGUUCAAAGAGCCUGGCAGUGCCACUUCCUGUUCCUCAUACCCGCUUCCCGUUGUUCCCUGUUUAGAUGCCGCUAUGGUGCCAACUACUCCGCAGGUUCCACACAUACAACUUUCUGUAUCCGACGAUUCCGCGUCCUCAAAGAAGAAACCCGGCCGACCCAGAAAGCCUGCUGUUGUUGAACCUGAGGAUGUCCAGGAACCUUCUGAGGCAAUGAUGCCACUUACUCCAGACCUCCCGGUGAAGGAUCUGUUACACCAGUGUGAAGUGCUGCGAGGGGCAGAUGUUUCCACAGCACUGGCUCCGAAGGAGAGGGAGGAACUGGCUGCACACAAACACGUGGAAAUAAAGAAGGAAAUAAAGGAAGAAGAGCACGAUAUGGAGCACACCGUUCUCUUGGAAGAGCCGCUACAGAAAACGCGUGGACAGAGGCGGAGCUGGGAGGAGCUUCUUUCCUCCAUGCACCUGCCUCUAAGGUCACCGCCACGGCGCAGCUUCCUCCCGCGGUCCGAGUUCGAAGAGAUGACCAUCCUGUAUGACAUCUGGAACGACGGCAUCGACGAGGAGGAUGUACGCUAUCUCAAAAUCACCUAUGAAAAAAUGCUGCAGCAGGAUAACGGCCAUGACUGGCUCAACGACACGCUCUGGGUUCCUCACCCUCCUACCAGCAGCGUCAGUCUUCCUGGGAGCAAGAAAAAGCGCCGGGACGACGGGAUGCGUGAUCACGUGACCGGCUGUGCUCGUAGCGAGGGCUAUUACAAAAUUGACAAAAAGGAUAAAAUUAAAUACCUGAACAGUACGAGGCUGCAGUCAGACGAGCCUGAUAAAGACAUGCAGGGCCGGAUGAUCCCGGCUCAGCCCCACGCCUCGACCCGAGCUGGUUCAGAGAGACGGUCCGAACAGCGCCGCCUGCUGUCCUCGUUCAGCUGCGACAGCGACCUGCUCAAAUUCAACCAGCUCAAGUUCCGUAAGAAAAAGAUCCGAUUCUGUAAAAGUCACAUCCAUGACUGGGGUCUGUUUGCUAUGGAACCCAUCGCCGCUGACGAGAUGGUUAUUGAGUACGUCGGGCAGAACAUCAGACAGGUGAUCGCGGACAUGAGGGAGAAGCGUUACGAGGAGGAAGGCAUCGGCAGCAGCUACAUGUUCCGCGUCGAUCACGACACCAUCAUCGAUGCUACAAAGUGUGGAAACUUCGCUCGCUUUAUCAACCAUAGCUGCAAUCCAAACUGCUACGCCAAGGUGAUUACGGUGGAGUCCCAGAAAAAGAUAGUAAUCUACUCGCGCCAACCAAUCAACGUGAACGAGGAGAUUACCUACGACUACAAGUUCCCCAUCGAGGACGAGAAGAUCCCAUGUCUGUGUGGAGCUGAGAACUGCCGGGGAACGCUCAACUAAUGCAUUCGGGAACAGGGAGGGUAUAGGGGAUAACACACACACACACACACACACACACACAUACACACCCUCCACCCAGCAGUGAGAGCAGCUACGUGUGUAGGGCUUUUUAUACAAUUUAAUUCAUCCAACGAUUGUUUACGAAUUUAACACACCGGUGCUCUUUAGACCACAGCAUGAAUUUUCUACCACUCUUCCACCGAGAGAGAAGGACGACCCCCUCCCUACUCCACCUUCCCCUUCCUGCGUCUGCGCACACGUUAUUGUAUCUUAGGCGGAUCUUCGCCUAUCCUUCUUUUCUUCUCUUUUUACAGACAUUCUAUACUGUACGCUCAGAACGAUCCACAUGGGCACUACAUGCACACAGAUUCAGACACUAUUUAUAACUUAAUUUAGCACGUCGCACGUGCGUCAUCCGCAACAGUGUUUUCCCGUCGGCUUCAUUAACGUCUUUUCCAUUUAAAAAUGCAGUUUUGUUUGUUCUUGUAUGCGUGUUUCCCCCUGCUGGUCGUCUACUGCAAUUACCAGUCUUCAUAAUUUAAGAAUGGGCAAUUUAUUUUUUUGUAAACAAAUUGCACACAGAUAGAUAAACAUAAAAGGAGAGAGGACAGAAAAAAAGAGAGAGAGAUGACCAGACUGCGUAUUUGUUCAGUCUGCGUUAAGUAUUUAACCGUAUCACAUACAGAUAAAAAGGCAUUAAAUCCAAUUGAAUAUAUGAUCACAUCCAUCACAACAUACUGUACUGGUGUGAUUGUUCUUUAUGAGAGAUGAAGAGAUGAUGAUGAACACCACACCAAAUUUAAGGGACCUCAGAAGACCACGGAGUGUCUGGAAAUAUGAAUGACAUGAUUUCACUUGUCUAGCUGAUGAUCGCGAGAACCUGCUGCAAUCCAAAAGCUGGUAUUUUCUGAAGACUGAGUUUAUUCUGUAUCCACAGAGCUGCUUUCAUGACACCUUUUUAAGCUGAAUGCUUGAUCGCUAAUAUGUAGUAUUAAAACACGUGCACACACUCACUGUAUUAAUCACACACACAAUGCGAGCUUCAUCAUACUGAUCGUUUUUUUUUUUUUUUUUUGCGACCGCGUCGAUGCUGACUUCACACACUGCACAAUCGUCACUUGUCUCACUUGUAUAGUAUUGUCUUUCCAGCCGUAUUAUGCUUCCGUGUGCCUGUCAUGAUGUGACGUAGCGUUACGCUUUUCCGCGAAAUGCCAAGGACAGGAAGUGAUUUGAAAUCGGUGCCAACUUUUCUCCUUGGGUUCAUUGGAGCAACGUGAGCAGCUUUUACCCUGCUGUGUCUCUCUGCACGAGUGUGUGUUUGUGUGUGUUUGUGUGUGUUUGUGUGUGUGUGUGUUUGUGUGUGUGUGUGUGUGUGUGUGUGUGUGUGUGUAUUCUAAAACACUAAUACUUUAUUUCCUCUCACCUCCUUCCUGUCAUGCUCCCAUCAGGGUGGAUUUAUCUUUCUCUCUCUCUCUCUCUCUCUCUCUCUCUCUCCCUCGUUUGUACGAAGGAUCACAAACAUUGUAUUGAGAUACAGUUAGGUUUCGAGUAUCGGUGCACCUUUUUUACCAGCGGAACUCAUUUGAGAUGACGAGAUGAUUUUUUUUUUUUUUUGGGAGAUCCGACACGUGUCUUCUCCCGUCGAAGAUUGUUUCUUGUAGAAACGUCUUUUUUCUGCCUGCUUUCCUUCAGUGUAAAUACUCAAGACUGUGAAUAUAUAAAUAAAUUAGUAUAUAUAUAUACGUAUAUGUAUGUAUAUACAUAUGUACGUAUAUAUAUAUAAAAUAUAAAUUGGAGGUGAGGGCUCGAUUGGCGCCACAGAGAGCGCGUGCAGGAUUUCAGCUUGUGUCAAGCUUUAUUUUUUAUUAUUUUUCAGUUUGUAAAUUCUAUGAAAGCAGUUUGCUGUGUGUGAUAUGGGGAGGAUGACGACGCUGCAUCGUUCCCUGACUAUUUAUUACACAAAUGUAUAAAAAUAAAAAAAAACUCUGACCAUUGACAAAAAAAUAAAGGAUGUUUUUUCUUUUUGAA